GAAAUGAAGAAGCGAACAACACCCAGAUGAAACAUCUGGAUAACACAUCUAGAUGGACGAUAUGGAUGCAUCUUCGAAAUGUACAAACGAACAAGACCUUAUCACAGUAUAUACAAGACGACAAAAUAAAGAACAAGAUGGUGGAGAUUCGUGGGAGAUUCAAGAGAACUGAGUCGGCUUUCAACGUGGCGACGGCGAAGGCACGUCUGAAGUGUGAAAAUAGCAGCAGAAGCUAUCACUCACCGAAGGACACGGCGGAUCUUUGGGAAUUGGUUGCCUCGUUUAUUGAAAUGCAGGGAGAAACGAAGAGUCCGGAAGAGGAAUUGGAAGGUUCUUCGGACAACGAGUACGAGGAUGUUAAGGAGAGGUUACGGAAGCUUCGAGAAGGUUUAUCCGUCGGCGAAGAUCGGAUGAAAAUCAUGGCCGCGACGGAGGCUACCGGAAAGUUCGUCGGAGAUAUUCUUCGACAUGGUUUUCCCAAGCGUCAACUGAGCUUUCUUCGUGACAAGGGCUUUGAUGCAGGUCUUUGCAAGUCACGGUCGGAAAGAUUCAACAACAACACCGCCGGAAAAUACGAGUACGUCGACGUUCGUUGCGGCGGAGAUUAUAAUCGUUAUAUUGUUGAGACAAAUCUCGCCGAAGAGUUUGAAAUAGCCAGGCCAACGAAGAGAUACACCUCCAUAAUAAGCCAAGUGCCACGGGUCUUCGUGGGAACUCCGGAAGAUCUGAAAAAGCUCGUGAAGAUCAUGUGCCAUGAAAUGAGACGGUCGAUGAAGCAAGUGGGGAUACACGUGCCACCAUGGAGGAGAAAGGGUUACAUGCAAGCUAAGUGGUUCAGUUUUUAUUAGCGAACUUCGACGACGACGAAUCACGAAAUGGUUGAUAAUAGUACUAAUAGUAGCGUCGAUACGAUGGGGUUUAGAGGUUGUAAGGAAGUGUUUGGGGAAGCCAAAGAUCUUGGUAUGAUUGGUCAGCUUUCGGUUGCUUUCAACGCUAGUGGGGUUGAAUUAGUGUAA